CAAGGGAAGAUGAGAGCAACCACAUCACCUUUGAGAAGAUUGGGGAGGUUGCGAGUUCCACGUCAUUUGCACACGUGGGCUUUCGACUUCACACAGGAGAGCUAUUGGAGAGGAUAAAGAUCGUGAAGAAAAUCACCCAGGUUAUGGAAAAGAAAGUCAGAAGGGUUCUCCAGAAUGACACAUCACUACUAAUCCAAGCAGCAAAACACUUGGACGAAGAGAGAAACAAACUGGAAAUGCUGAUGCAACUGGCAACAAAACAACAAAGAGCAACAGGAAAUGAAGAAGAACGCAAACCCACCAAGCUGAACAACAUCACGAAACUUCUCCAGGAUACCGAAGCCACAUCAGUCAGAGCAAACACCACAAGGGAAAAGCGCCAAGUGAUACUGGGAGCUGGAAUGAUCCUGUCGUUUGGGAUAGGAACAUACAACAGCUACCAGAUCGCCAAGCUAUCAGAUGCCAUCAGGAAUAUGGAAGAAAGCCAGCACCUGGUGACCGAACAGCUCCAUCAACAAGAUUUGAAAAUAAACCAAGUCUUGGAACAGCUGAACGAGUUCUACGACCAAUUAAUGGAACUGGUGAAAACAUCAGCGGAAACAGGUGGAAAGUUGGCUACCAUCCGAGCAAAGCAAAACCUGAUAGAGCUGCAAGUGUUGGUGAUCGACACGGUGCGAGACUACCGAGUGGGAAUAGAAAGACUGAUGGAUAAGCGAGUGAGCCCGAGCUUCAUCCAUCCGGCAGCAGUAGAGACGACGUUCAAGAAAUUGGUGGACAAGGCAAAAGCCAAGGGAAUGCGAAUGCUGGACGUCGACUGGGGACUACUCUUCAGAAGCGAGUGCAGCGUAAUAAUUCGAGGAUCCGACUUGGAGGUGAUCAUUCACGUGCCGCUGGUUAAGGGGAAGAUGUUAGACCUCUAUCG